GCCUCUCCCAGCUGCAUUGUGGGUACAGGGACAGCGGCAUGCAAAGAUGGCUGAGAAGCAGAAGCACGACGGGCGGGUUAAAAUAGGACACUACAUCCUGGGGGACACGCUGGGAGUCGGCACCUUCGGCAAAGUGAAAAUGGGCGAACAUCAGCUCACAGGGCAUAAGGUUGCAGUGAAAAUUUUAAAUCGGCAGAAGAUCCGGAAUUUGGACGUUGUUGGCAAAAUCAAGCGCGAAAUUCAAAAUCUAAAGCUAUUCCGUCACCCGCACAUUAUCAAAUUGUACCAGGUUAUCAGCACGCCGACGGAUUUCUUCAUGGUCAUGGAGUACGUGUCCGCCGGGGAAUUAUUCGAUUAUAUCUGCAAACAUGGACGGGUUGAAGAAGCGGAGGCGAGGCGCCUCUUCCAGCAGAUCCUCUCCGCGGUAGAUUACUGUCACAGGCAUAUGGUCGUCCACCGAGAUCUGAAACCCGAGAACGUGUUGCUGGACGGACAGAUGAAUGCCAAGAUUGCAGAUUUUGGACUGUCUAACAUGAUGUCAGACGGGGAGUUCCUGCGCACCAGCUGCGGUUCUCCCAAUUACGCCGCGCCGGAAGUCAUAUCAGGGAGACUGUACGCUGGCCCUGAGGUUGAUAUAUGGAGCUGUGGGGUAAUACUCUAUGCCCUCCUGUGCGGGACUCUCCCGUUCGACGAUGAACACGUUCCAACGUUAUUCAAAAAAAUAAGAGGAGGAGUAUUCUACAUCCCCGAGUACUUGAAUCGCUCUGUUGCUACCUUGUUGAUGCACAUGCUGCAAGUCGACCCACUGAAACGCGCUACAAUCAAAGAUAUAAGAGAACACGAGUGGUUCAAGCAGGAUUUGCCCAGCUACUUGUUUCCCGAGGACCCCUCGUAUGAUGCCAACGUUAUUGACGACGAGGCGAUAAAGGAAGUGUGCGAAAAGUUCGAAUGCACAGAGUCGGAAGUCAUGAACAGUCUAUACAGCGGUGACCCUCAAGACCAGCUUGCUGUAGCGUACCACCUCAUAAUAGACAACCGAAGAAUUAUGAACCAAGCCAGCGAGUUCUACCUGGCAUCCAGCCCACCCACAAGCUCGUUCAUGGACGAAUACUCCAUGCACAUGACGUCUGGCAUCAAGCCACAUCCGGAACGAAUGCCUCCGCUAGUAGCAGAUAGCCCCAAAGCAAGAUGUCCCUUAGAUGCGCUGAACACCACCAGACCCAAACCUCUGGCCGUGAAGAAAGCAAAAUGGCACCUGGGAAUCCGUAGCCAGAGUAAACCGUACGAUAUUAUGGCAGAAGUCUACCGGGCCAUGAAGCAGCUGGACUUCGAAUGGAAGGCGGUGAACCCGUAUCAUCUGAGGGUGAGAAGAAAAAACCCAGUGACCGGCCACUACGUGAAAAUGAGCCUUCAGCUGUACCAGGUCGAUAAUCGCAGCUAUCUGCUGGACUUCAAAAGCAUUGACGAUGAAGCCAUGGAACAUAAAUCCGGCUCUUCGACGCCCCAGCGUACCUGUUCCGCUGCCGGCCUGCACAGACCAAGACUGAGCGUCGACUCAACCAUCUCGGAGUGUCUGCCACAAAGCGCGCCUCUCUUCGGCUCCCUUACGGGAAGUUUUACGGCAGUGACGCCCCGGUCAGGCAGCCAUACAAUGGAUUUCUUUGAAAUGUGUGCCAGUUUGAUCACCACAUUAGCUCGUUAAAAAGCUGAGUGACCCCCCCCACACACUCACACACACAUUAUUUAAUUAGGCAAUGUAAAUAUAAUUUUUUUUUAGCGAUACAAAGUUUGACUUGGGCAUUGUGUACAGUUCAACCAAUCGAGCGUCUGCACACAAUUUUAAUUUUUAAAGAGCUGCUGUUAAAUGUGGAUACUAUAGAAAAUGUUCUUUUAAAUCCAUUUGUAAUAACUUUCUUUAAACAAGAGGUUUUUUUUAAAAAAAAAAAAAUGUGCCGAUUUAUAUAGUAAGCUACUGAUUUAUUUACAUUACGCUAAUUUAUCAAUAGAAAUGGAAAAUUAUAUUUUAUUUAUUUUGGUAUUAUAAUAGGUUGUAUGAUGAAUAGCAGCUUUUAUUUUUAUAGUGCGUUGUCAUCCUGUUAAACUAUUAAAACAAUUAGUGCUGGAA